ACCAGCGGGCACUGAUCCGGCGGACCGCGUAGCGGACAUGGCGAGCUCCCGGGUCCCACAGCAGCUUUUCCUGCAGGGUGUGGCCGCUGUCUACACGUUUGCUUUUGCGUCCCUCUACACCCAGAUCCCAGGCCUCUAUGGCCCAGAGGGCAUCCUUCCUGCUCGAAGAACACUGCGGCCCCAAGGCAAGGGUCGGUGGCAGCAGUUGUGGGAAACACCAACCCUGCUCUGGGAGGCACCAAGACUGGGACUGGAUACUGCCCAGGGUCUGGAUCUACUGACCCUACUGGGCACGGUGGUAGCACUGGGUGCCCUGCUUCUGAACUCUCUGCGACACCCCUUCACCUACCUGCUGCUCUGGGUUGCCUACUUAUCAACCUGCCAGGUGGGCCAAGUGUUCCUUUAUUUCCAGUGGGAUUCCCUGCUGCUGGAGACAGGCUUCCUGGCUAUACUAGUAGCCCCACUGAAGAAGCCUUCCAAUCACAAGGCCCCCCAGGGUGGACUAGCAGGGGCCUUACCCCAUGAAAACCUCCCAUUUUGGCUCGUGCGCUGGCUGCUGUUUCGACUCAUGUUUGCCUCUGGUGUGGUCAAGCUGACCAGCCGCUGCCCUGCAUGGUGGGGACUCACUGCUCUCACCUACCACUAUGAGACACAGUGCCUGCCCACGCCAGCUGCCUGGUUUGCCCACCACCUGCCCGUCUGGCUGCACAAACUCAGUGUGGUGGCCACCUUCCUCAUUGAGAUCGCAGUACCUCCCCUGUUCUUUGUUCCUAUUCGCCGCCUACGGUUGACCGCCUUCUAUGCUCAGGUAUUAUUGCAAGUCCUGAUCAUCAUUACUGGUAACUACAAUUUCUUCAACCUGCUAACCUUGGUGCUUACCACUUCCCUCCUGGAUGACCGGCACCUGUCUGCUGAGCCUGGCCUCAGGAGCCACAAGAAGAUGCCUACCUCCUGGCCUAAGGCCCUGCUGACCAUGCUCUCCGUACUGCUGGAACUGACUGCCUAUGGGCUGCUGGCCUAUGGCACUGUGCUCUACUUUGGCCUGGAGGUGGACUGGCAGCAGCAUAUCAUCCUCUCUAAAACCACCUUCACCUUCCACCAGUUUUCCCAGUGGCUGAAGAUGGUAACUCUGCCUACGGUGUGGCUGGGGGCAGCCUCCCUGGCCUGGGAAUUGCUUAUUGCCCUCUGGAGGUGGAUCCAGGUGCAAGGAUGGCUACGGAAGUUCUUUGCCAGCAUCCAGCUCUCCAUCCUGGGCACCGCCACAGUGGCCAUGUUCUUGAUAAGCCUAAUACCUUACUCCUAUAUGGAGCCUGGGACCCACGGGCAUCUCUGGACUGGGGCUCAUCGCCUGUUCAGUUCUGUGGAACAUCUACAGCUGGCCAGCUCGUAUGGCCUCUUCCGUCGGAUGACUGGUCUGGGUGGGCGGCCUGAAGUGGUGCUGGAGGGCAGCUAUGAUGGACAGCACUGGACAGAGAUAGAAUUCAUGUACAAACCUGGGAAUGUGAGCCGACCACCCCCUAUUGUGAUACCCCACCAGCCACGCCUUGAUUGGCAGAUGUGGUUUGCAGCCCUUGGCCCACAUACGCACAGCCCCUGGUUCACCAGCCUGGUGCUCCGUCUCCUGCAGGGCAAAGAGCCAGUAAUCCGCCUGGUACAGAACCAUGUUGCCGAGUACCCCUUUCAUGAGCAGCCACCCACCUACCUGCGGGCCCAGCGCUAUAAGUACUGGUUCUCAAAGCCUGGGGAGCAGAGCCAAUGGUGGCACCGCCAGUGGGUAGAAGAAUUCUUCCCACCUGUAUCCCUGGGGCACCCAACGCUGGAAACGCUGCUCCAACAGUUUGGACUUAAGGAUAAGAGUCCACUCCGGGCCCGAAGCUCAGGCAAUGCUCUGGCUAAGACACUGAACUGGGUACGCACGCAGCUGUCUCCUCUGGAGCCUCCCAUCCUGCUAUGGGGGCUUUUGGGAGCUGUGGUGACUGUCAGAGUUGUACAGACCCUGCUUGCCCCCCGCCCACUCCAGUCCUCAAAACCAUCUAGAGAGGAAAAACGCAAGCAGACUUCCAAAAAGGAUCCCAGAGCUGCCUCUGAGCAGGCUACUGUAGCCCCCAACAGCAACAGCAGUGACUCUGGGGCCUCCCGGAGGAAAAAAUAGCUUGAUGUGCUGUCAGCCACUUGUCCUGGUAGUCAGAUCCUCAGAAUCCCAGCCCGUCUCAUGUCACCGUGCAGCCACUGUGACUUAGGCAGUCCUGCCAGGGCAGAUGCAGCUUGAAGUGCCACCCCUGAGGACCACUCGUGUUACCAGCCAUGUCUUCCUCUAGUCACCUUCCACUGUGUCGGCAGCCAGCCCGGAAACGGGCAGGUGGCCUCGCUCAGGACUUUCCUGGAACACUAAUCAGUGCGCCCGUGGAUGUAGAGGCCUGAGUCUGGAGCCCUAUCCAACCCCACUGGAGGGGAUGAGGUGGAUUUGCUGAAGCUAGGAGCCAAGGGAAGUGGGCCCAUGGGAUGGUGCCUACCUGCCCCUGAGACUGUACCAAUAAAGACACCGUUUUGUACAUA